UGCAAUCUUUACGAGCCAAUCACAUUGCUGUAUUAGCAGGUAUCUUAGCAGUCCGUUGUGAAAAUAACCAGCUUUAUCCUCAAGAGAGCGCACAACUUAUACGAAUUCCCGCAGUGAAGAUUUGAUAUAUGUAAUUGCUUUAAAAUGUCAACGUUAGCAAAAAAUUAUGUCCAGCAGCCUGCAGUUUAUAGAGGAGCUGUGGAUCGAUCAUCGGUGAAGAAAUUAAGAACAGCUAAAGACAUCCCAUUACCGGAAGUACCAAAAGUCAUCGACAACGGAAAUGGGAAACGCUACUUUCGCGGAAGAUUGCUCGGCAAGGUAAUCUAUGUUUAAAUGAAAAUUAUCUUGCUAUCUUGCUUAUAAUAAAGCCAGAUUUGCCUUGAUUUCAACAAGACAAGAAGAGAUUGGUACAGGCCUUCGGUAUAUUGACACAACACCUUAAUUGACGAUACUCUUCAACAUAGCUCAGUCUUUAUCUGUAAAUUUUAGAAUUUUAAUGCAAAACUCUGCCUGAUUUGCACACAAACUAAGCUGACCUAAAUAGAAGCUUUGACAUUCCUCGAAUGAACACUUAAACCGUCUAGUAGUAGAAUCGAUGUUUCAGUUACUUUUAUUUGAAAUUCGCAAUCUGCAACUGUAACUUAUCUCUCCGUCCAUUUGUGUUCCAUGUUUUUUGGCAGUUUCAUUCAAUACCAUAAAUUGUGACUGUCAAUAAAGCUAUUUUUUCAUGUCUGUUUUUGAAACGUGUUUUUUUUUCUAUGAAGUACAGAAUAACCAAAUUUCAAUAAAUGAUCACAUCUGAUCAUAUCUUAGUGGAAAAAUUGUUACUCAGAAUCUUUUCAACUUUAUAUCUUUGAAUUCAUCAGGCUUUCGUUACUCAACUUUAAAACAGGUUUGUAUCAACAUAAAACUGAACCUCAUGGCGUUAUAUUCUUUUAAAUACUCAGGGUGGAUUCGCUCGUGUUUAUGAAGUCACUGAUAUGUCAACAAACAAGGUGUAUGCCCUAAAAGCCGUGCCAAAGGCUAAACUUACAAGGUCCGCUGACAAAUAUAACAAAGUGAGUGAACGCGUCCAUUAAUAACUAGUUGAAGUAUUUGGACCACAAUUUUAUUUUUAUCAAACCCUCUGUCCGUAGAGAAAGUUGUUGCGAAGAAGAGGAAGAUAAAUGCUCCUUCUUUACUAACAAAUGAACAUUAAUCCCAAGGCACAAUGAAUUGCAACACCUGGGGAAUUGAUGAUUUUGUUCUUUUGAUCACCAAUUCUUGAUGGAAAGUAGUCGCCACCCGUUUUUGUUUUUUUACAUAAAAUUGGAAAGAAAUUUUCCUAACCAUUCCUCAACAAGAUACGAUCAUUUCUCAAACAAUCAGGUUACCAUAGGAACAUAACAAUUAACUGAAAACACCCUUAACUUUUUACUUGAGGUAGAACUAUGGGUGACUCAUCUCGUAAGAUUUAAACUUGCACUGAAAUUAUAACAAAGUCAAGCGCAUGUGAUUGUUUUACACCUAGUUUCUAAUAAAAAAGUUAGAGAGAGUAUUUUCUAAAAUCGAAAUUGUGUUUUUCAGAUAGAAACGGAAAUUGAACUUCACAAGAGUCUCAGGCAGAGACACGUUGUUGGCUUUCAUGGACAUUUUGAAGAUGAUCAACAUGUGUACAUACUGCUGGAGCUUUGUAGCCGAAAGGUGAUUGUAAAUUAUUCUCCAUAAGAGUAAAGAACUUUUGCCAGCAUGAGAUCCCUGAGUUUGGGUGCGAUAACAUAUUAUGCCUAUUAGUUGAUCAUGGGCGUGACUCUUUUACGUGGUUGGCCCUAAGCGAGGAAUGCAUUUUAAUAAAGAGAGGGUGAAUUGAAAUGAUCCUCUCUUGUUUGUAUUUAUUUGGUGCAAGGUUCACACAUGACAUCGGGUGGAAAUUGAGAAGAAUACACAUAUUUUUCCUGAGUAAUUAAUUUAUUACCAGUUGUCGCUUGAUAAAGAUAGGUAAGCCACCCCCGCAAAGAGCUGACGAAUCUAUCGCAAACCCUCAAUUAGAGUGAAUUGAGAACUCCUUUUAUGGAAUCCUAGUUUAUUAUCAGAUGAAACGUUUCCUUGCCUGCUGAUGCAGCAUAACAGCUUCUCCAUAAAUUAAUAUCUUUCCUGUGAAAAUAUCGCCGAGAGUACCUCAAUCCGAGUGACGCGGUGUUCUGUUUGUUAGCACCUCUUUCAAUAUAUUCAAAUUACGAUUUGUUUUGCUUUAUUAUCUUCAGCCAAUCAGCCUGACAGCAUUGCGUUGAAUAAUAUUCUAACAUUUACGGCUCUUUACUUAUUUUAUUGUAUUGUUUUUGUAGUCUUUGGUGCAGACACUCAAAAACCGUGGAAAAUUAACAGAACCUGAGGUGCGAUAUCUAAUGUACCAAGCCGUGCAGGCAUGUUCAUAUUUGCACGCCCAACGGGUCAUACAUCGUGACAUCAAAGUCGGUAACUUCUUUCUCAAUGCUGACAUGGAACUGAGGCUGGGAGAUUUUGGCCUGGCAGUGAGACUGAAGGAAGGAGAGAAUAAAAUAAAGUAAGUAAAAGAAUCCUGGCUAAAAACAGCCUCAAACCAAAAUUAUCCAAUAUGGCGUUUUAAGUUCUGAACGAAAAGAGCUAUUGAUCUGAAGAAACGACCAACUCUUCCGGCGUUCAAAGAGAUUGCUACACAAAAGGUGCACAUGCUACAUACGCACGAAUAUUUUCGUCGCACAGGCGUGCACGUGUAUGGAGAUACUCUACCUUCCUACGAGUAUCCAAAUGUGCAAAAUUGUAAGCCAGAGGCAAAAAGGGUUUUCUGGGCCUCAACUUUGGCACAAAUUUUCAAGAUUCUUUACUCUGGCGGGACUAAGUGCGAUAAAAGACUGCUCGUAUUUCACUUCGAAUAACACUUCUUCUGCUUUUCUCGUGACCCAGAUUUUUGCAAAGAGAAGCUCUUCCUUUAUAUCAUACCAUUGUCAUGGGCUCUUGUGCGUUAAGGCUGAGAAAUGCAGGCAAAAAAUCUUCAAUUUGCAAAACAACAAUGCUGCGUGACAAGUUGCAAGAAAAUGACAUCAUUAUUACUUGGCCCUAAUGUGUCACAUAAACAUUUAAAAAUACCAAUAUACAUGAAAUUGUUGCUGGCUGUUCCUCUUUUGGUGUUCCUAUCGACCAUACUUCUUAGCCAAUCUUAAUUGGGAAGACUUUGAUCCAGCCAGUGCAUGUCAUCAUUUUCUUUUACUUUUAGAACAAUGUGCAUCCCAUCCUUUUCUUUUACUUUUAGAACAAUGUGCGGUACACCAAACUACAUCGCCCCUGAAGUUUUGUCCAAAGAGGGGCACAGCUACGAGGUGGACACUUGGGCUUUGGGUUGCGUUAUGUAAGUCUUCUGAGAAGUAGCUGUAGUCAAAAUUUACCGUUUCUCGGUGCAUUUCUCAAAUUCUAAUGAUGCAAUGUAUAUAUAAGAAAAUAAAUAAUUUAAGCGCGAGUAGGAGACGUACAACAUUUGAAAAUUCGAUGUAUUUGACAUGGAGUUUCGGUUUUGAUAUUAAAUAUGGGUCACCCCUAGUUGUAUGAGGUAUAAAUCUCAUAGCUAUUCAAAAACUUUUAUAGGCGGUCAGAAAAAUAUUAUCAUGAAGCAUUUGACAGGCUUGCGCUGUCAAACUUUUUAAGUUGUGGGAGAAAAUCAGAAUCUAAAGCCUUUAUAAUGAAAAUACUUACUGAUUCAGUCCAAAUGUCUUUUGAGUAAACGGCGUUACCUCCUUCUUUUUAAUACAGGUACACGUUGUUGAUUGGACAUCCCCCCUUUGAAACGAAGUCUCUCAAGGAAACCUACAGCCGAAUACGGAACAACGAAUACACGAUUCCGCCUCGUAUCUCCGACAGCGCCGCGAAGCUCAUUCGGAAAAUGCUUCAAGCGAACCCGGCUAACAGGCCUUCCCUUAACGACAUUCUGUCUGACGAAUUUUUCAAAAAGGGAUUUUUUCCCAACAGACUUCCCGCAUCAGUAGUAACAACUUCCCCAAGAUGGUCUGAAUACGAAAGAACAAGGGAGUCUAAUCAGAAUAUAUCAAAAGAUGCCAUCAAGAAAAUAACAUUGGCUUUAUCGCGCCAAAUGAAACUUUCUACGGACGAGAAAGAAGAGUCGCUUGAAAAAGAUUUAACAGAAAUGGAAAGAAAAGGAGAAAAAUGCAGUGUAUCUUCUAGUAGUGAAAAAGACAGUGAGUUAAGUGGAAAUUAUGGAACUAGCUGUGCCCGAGACACUGGACAAGAAGGUGAAGAUUUGUAAAGAUCAUGUCCUUGUCAUGUUUAAUAUGUUUAAGCUUUACACCCUAACGUCAGUAUGCAUAUUCCCCGUAUUGUUCUCCAUACAUUUUUUAUGGUACUAACAAAGAGAAUUUGUCUAACAAUCCGGAGAUUCUGGAGUGCUCAAUCAUUUCCUUUAUUUUCAUAACUUAAACAAUGUUUGAUUCAAGAGUGAUGCUGUCGAGAGAAAUUGGAUGAUUAUCACUCUUAGAGGUUAGGGGUUAAAAGCAAAUCAGAUGGAUAAAGUCGAGAUUUUGUCGUUGCUUUCCUCGUUGUCGCAUUUCUUGUUGAAUGAUGGUCGAGUACUAAUAUUUGGGUAAAAUAAGACUUUUUAACUGAGCCUUAAUUUCAUCUCCGUUCACGUGUCUUCGUCACAAACCUUUGAUUUGUACACUGAAAUGGUCGAUGUUUAGCAGUCGUAAUCAGUCGUGCAAAUAAUAUCCCAGUGGUCACCUCAUUCAUGUGGAAACUUUGAAUGUGUUUACAAAAGUAAAUGAUAAUAUUACAGGUUCUCGGUGAUCGGGAAUUUUGUAGCUAAUAAUAAUAUUCAUAUUCUUAGGGCAGGGAAGGCCAACAUACUUUCCCCCCGAGGAUUUGAUGUCCAAACUUUCUAGCUGCCUAGAAUGUCUCGAAGAACGUCCGCAAAAGACUCUGGCUGGAAAAUCUUCAGGAUCCUGUGCGAAAAAGGCCCCUCCUGACUUAUUAGAGAAUGUGCGAAAAUCAGGGGGGAUUCUACCUUCUGAUGCUCCUAAGUCCUUGCUGGUUACCAAGUGGGUAGAUUACAGUAACAAGUAUGGAUUCGGAGCCCAGAUGUCAGAUGGAGGUGUAACUGUUCGGUUCAACGACUGUAGUAAGAUAGCGAUCUCUCCCAAUAAAAGGUGAGAUGCAAUCUGAGAAACAUUCCAACAACUUCCAUUUUAUUGUAUUCGAAUCGGUUAAAACGUAAGUGAUUAGGCCACCCAGUAAGUAGGUCCGUCGGUUAGUCAGCUAGUGAUUCAGUCAGUCUGUCAGUUAAUCGCUCAGUUUGUCAGCCAGUCAAUUAGUGAAUUAGAUAGUCAGUCAGUCGGUCAGUCGGUCAGUCGGUCAGUUGGUCACCCACUCACUCAAUCAAUUAGUCAGUUAGUCAGUCAGUCAUUCAGUCGGUCGGUCUGUUUGUCCGUCAGUCUUUCUGUCUAUCUAGAGGGGGAAAUUUUCUGGUGGAGAUGUAUAGCAAGAUAAUUUGGUUUUAUCAACUGACUUGAUAAUGCAAAUUAGCCGCCGUAAAGAGUUCGCUCUAGCAAAGGGCUAAUGUUCGAAACGUUAGCUUUGAAACUCUGUACGAUUGGUUAAUUUAUAUUUCCAACUCAGUCAAUAAAACCAAAUUAUCUGGUCUGUCUGUCUGUCACUCAUUCGGUCAGUCUGUAUGUCUAUUUGUCUACAUGUCAGUUAGUCCGUCAGGCAGCCGGACAGACAGUACAUGCAGUUAGUGAAGAAGCAAGUCAGUCUCUGCGGUCAUUCAGUCAAUGAGUUAGUCAGUCAGGCAGCCGGGUACGCAGUUGUUAAUUAAAAAGCCAGCUUUUCAGUCAAUCUAUUGUGCAUCUCUCUAAUAUACUAACCUUUUGUUAUGGCUUUAUCUGACAGUUUUGUACACUAUUGUGACCAAGCAAACAAUAUACGUCAGUUCCGGUCCACCGCGGUGCCGACGAACUUACAGGCAAAGUUUAUGCUGCUCACUUUCUUUGCGAACUACAUGGAAAAACAUCUCUUGAAGGUAUGGCUCGGGGUACACUGCGUACACCCGGGUCCUCUAUUCUUAAGAUGCUUCUCUGAUUAGGAGUACAAAUGAUUAAGAGAGGAUAGCCGAGGAUGGAUUAAGAAAAUGAAUAGUAUAACAAUGAUUGAUUUAUACUUUUGCAGGCGACACAUUAAGUCAAACAUAAACGGUAAAACUAAGAGAUGAAGAGUACACAUUCAUCGAUACUUUGUUCUAUUAAAAAGAAGAAAACAAUCUUUUAACCAACAGGGAGGUGAUUCAAAGGCCCUCACAUCCACUGACCAACCGAGCUUUCCGUUUGUUGACAUCUGGUUUCGCACUGAUAUUACCAUGGUGAUGUAUCUUAGCAACGGAACUCUACAGGUAUGUAUGCUUAAUUUGUUCGGUUUUCUUAAUAUUACAAAGAUAUCGAAACGCAGAUGUGAAGGCCACAAUAGGACUCGCCUUGUGAUGGCCUCCUUUUCCGCGUCACUAAACCGUGGACAGAAAAGAACUGUGUGAAAUAUAGCAUUACACUUUUGACAUUACUCAUCCUGGCAGCGUGCAGGACGGCUGUCACAUAGAGAUCAAUGCGAUACACAACCUAACUCGACAUCAGCUAUGAUCGACAGCUAAGUAAUUCGACCAGUGAUACAACUGAUGAUAAAUGCGUUCCUAUCAGUGAUUCAAACUUUUUCCUUAUUUUGAGAGAUAUUACCAUGGGAAAUAGUGCUAGCGAUAAUUGGCUAAACAGGGCGAGUGACUUCAUUUUUUCGGAACCAUUGUCAACAGCAGCAUCAGAAGCCCUCAGUUUGAAAAUUGGCCAAAUUAACAUGAGUGUUUUCCCCGUUCUUAGCGCCAGUUACGUGAUCGGGUUUCCCUACAAGUUAAACUGAGUAUGUAAUGAUUGUUACAAGCUGUCAGCGACACAGUUUUAAACUGUCUUAACUGAAAUUCAAUUAAGUACUUUUUUUUUUACUUUACAGGUUAAUUUUUUCAAUGAUCACACAAAAAUCGUUCUUAUUCCUGGACCUAGGGACGUGUUAGUGAUUUACAUCGACAGGCAGCGAGAGGGGACAACUUAUGUUAUGUCUGAUAUUAACAUGCAAGGAUGUGCUUCAGAAUUGAUAGAAAGACUUCGUUAUUGCAAAAGAGUGCUCAAAAAAGUCUGCGAUUUAGUAGAGGAGGAAAACAACCCUUGACACUCCUCUAAGAAACCUUAGGACGCUUUCGAUCAGUUGAAACAGUGUUGGAUAACAUUUAGAACCGAUGCAUCAUAGAUUCUUUAUAAUUAUUUGCUACGAAGAUAAUAAUUCAAAACCUUUAGAGAGAGUAUAAUUUAAAACAGUAAAUUUGUAUGUACACAACAUGGAUGGGAAACUGCAAGAGCGCCUGCAACAAAAUUGGCUCGUGCUUAAUUUAGGGUAACUCGAAAACGAGCUACCAUGCAUCAAAAGACUUUAGUAGCAAGAGCGAAACAUAAGUUUUAAUUUGCUGGUUAAAAAGAAGAAAUAAAAGAGGG